GGCGGAGUGCCAGUGUGCUGAAUGGGCGUGGAGAUUCAUUUACAUACACCAAUACAACGCUCAAUAGGUCAGCAUCUGUGGCACCGUACUCCGGUACUAAUACGUACGUUCGUACAUACACAAGAGAUAUUAACCCACAUGAAAGUAAUGUGACGCACUCUAAUAACUCCAAUAAUGGGUUAUAUUCGCACACAAAUAGAAAUACAACCACAAAUAUGAAUACAGACUCGUACACUGGGGCACGCGCAUCGUCAGACACGCGUGCGCAGAAGGCUAAUAUCAGCAACUACAGCAUGCAUGAUCGAGUAGGUGGGUCUACUAGGAUGGACCCGUCUGUACGACUACUUAGUAAGACACUCUCCUUGGCCCGCGCUCAGACAAGUGGCGUGUAUGCACCUGUAUGUAUGAGAGAAAACAGUAUGUCUAUUGCGCCACGCCCACAUUCAGUCACACAUGCACACGAUAGAGAUGGAGGUUUAGGCGAUGUAGCAGAUACAAGCACAUACAAAUUCGCACCAGUGCAAAAAGCACACACAUCGGGACUUCCAUACUCACAUACACAUACUUCAUCCUCACUUGGGGUGAGUGGGGGGUAUUCACGCUCCCAGCAGACGCCAAAUAAUAGGCCAACACCAGGUUUAUCUGGAAAUAGGGAGAGCAGUAGAGAGUAUCGUGGGAGUGAAAGAGGAAGCGCCAGCGUACGUGACACGAGCUCUAUCCACCGGGAUAGCACACACGCACGACAAUACUCACUCACAUACGCACAGCCAGACACCCGUACACGCGCGAAUAGAAACACUGACACACACACUUACCCAGAUACACACACUCGCACAAAUACAAAUACAAGUCGGCAUAGACACGCAGACACCCAUGCAAGUACACAGGGUAUGCCUUCCUCUCACACACGGUUAUCUAACCACUACGAAGGCAGCACUCGUCUGAGUGGGUUAGUUGGCCAUGCCGAUCCGGGCGAAGAUAUGGAUGAGGAUCGGUUUGAGGAAGAAAGCACGCAGAGUAAGGGAUCUCCGGGGAGGUCUAUUGGCAGGUAA